AUGCAAAAUCAGAGAAUGAGGAAAUUAUUGCAUUCAGGUGCACUGCUUGCUCUGUUUGCCGCAGAAUGCAAAGGAAGCGAGAAUCCCUUUAGUCAGAGAGCAAGGAGCAGCAAAGAUCCGCGCAUAAACGAAACUAAAGAGACUGACACACAUGGAUUAUACUCUUCAGCUGUCGAUUUGCCUAUGGGCAGCAGCUCGUCCUGGAAUGGGAGCUAUUUUGGCGAAGUGAAUGAAAUAAGGAAAAAACCCACUCCAAAAGGACAGCAUGCAGCAGAGUUCACUGGAGGCUCUUUUUCCAUGGGUUGCAGCGUGUCCAGUACUUCUAGAAACACAUCUACAACAGGGCGUACAGGCAGCUCGGCUCUUCCUUCCAUCAGUGUAUUUAUGCAUAGAUCAGCGUGGAGUGAGCACACACCUUCUGAGGAGCAGAGAGUGUCUGGACAAUGCGAACAGAUCAACCAGCAUCAGUACAUAUCGCAGCCUGGUGUACAUGAAUAUACCUCAAAUGCGAAAGCGUGCAGUGUGUCUAGUGCAUCGAGCAAUGAGCACAUGCCAAUCGAUGAAAAAUCGUAUCUCAAUUUUGUCACUCUAGACAAAGAUACUUCCAUCUGGACAGGACUGGAGUCAUUCAAAACAAUGGAGGAUAUGAUAAAAUGCUACAGCCAGCCUGGGCACUAUGCGGAAGCAGCUAGCAGCAGCAAGAAUUUUUUUAGUGAACCAAAGAAUAGCAGUGCCAAAGUGUCUGCAGGAGAGAAAAGAGGAGUAGAUGCAAUGGAUGAUUCAAUUGGCACUCCUGCUUGUCAAUCUGUGGCGAAAGCCAAAAGAAAAAAGAAAGAAGUCGUAGCAAAUGAGGAGACAGAUUCUCUCGAUCUAGUGGGAGAAAACGAAAAAACAAUGGAAAAUAAAGAACUGCCAGUUCAGAACAGCCGAGUAUUCCAGCCUGAGACAGCGAGUGACAGCGAAAAAGGAACAGACCUUAACCUCAGCCUAUGGAACUACAGAAGACUGUACAACACACGAAGAAGAGGAUACAAACCAGAGAAUAAAAUACAAUACAGACAAAAUGUUACUGAUAAGUUCCUAGAAAACGAAAUAAAAAACAAGAGACAACAAAUGAAGUUUAGAGAAGAAGUUGAAGACUUUUCCAGGAAUGUUGCGCCUGGGAUAGACAGCAAUGCGAUAUGGUACUUCGUUGCAAGCAGCUGCAGAAGUAUAAACCCAAAGUACAAAGUUCUCCUGGGGCUGAAAGACCUGUUCGAGAGCGCGGAUGAAAAGUAUAAAAAAAUGGUGGAGAAUCUAAAGGGGUACUAUCCCGGGAUAAUCGAUGAUGCGAUAGAGUAUAUAAGAAAGCACAGGCCAAUGAACAACGGCAAUGAAAAAGACUUAUCUGAGUGCAGAGAGAGAUGUGGUGAUGUUUAUAUACGGGAAAACCUCGUGCCAAACUACUACAACCCAAGAGAGGACAGCUGGAUUGAUCAGAUUGAUGAGAAAUACCACACCCUAGUGCAUGCAGUUCGCAUGAUUCUGGUGCUGCCAGAGGUGUAUGAGGACUUUUCAAACAUCACAUCAGAGUUUAUAGAGAACACUGAGAUACUGGAAGACACUGCUAACGACUUGCAGAACUACCAAAUUCUGCUGAAAAUACAAGAGCUUGUGGGAGCUCAGAUCGAAGAAAGAAUAGACAGUGAUCUGUAUGGUGAGCUCUACGACAUCUUUAAAGAUGUGUAUGGCGAAGAAGCUCUGCAGAAGUUAGCAGCUGCUGAUCUUUACAGAGACAUGUACACCAUCCUGGGAAAGUUCUAUGAGAACGCAGAGCUUUUUGACAGGAGAAAUAAGUAUGCUCUCACAGGCAAGUACAUAAUAUCAAACCAGAAGUACAUAAAAUGUGCAGUAAAAGCAGGCAUAAGAACAGAAGAAAAAGAUGGAAGGGUUUUAGACUCAGAGUACUCGUUUGAGAGCAAUAAAUGGGACAUUUCACCAGAUGUGCAUGCACACUACCAUGUGCUAUAUGUGAACAACACCACACACCAGGUUAGGGAGCUGUGCAUGCCUUUGUACGAAGAGAAGAGCAGUGGAAAAGAGCACUACCUGCACACAAUUGAUGAGAUAGUGGAUCACAUAGAAGAGAUUUGCAAAGCAGAAAUAGAUUCAGGUACUGUAUAUCCAUUUAAGGUAAAAAAGGGAACUAGGCUGUGGUCGUGCAUAGAUAAGAAGGAGGAGAGAAACAAGACAGUUAAAGACUUAGAAGAGUAUGAAGUUGUUUUUUAUCACAUUGAAGAAGACCCCAAAACAGCAAAGUUUACAUUCGCAGAGUUUAGACCGCUAUGGGCCCAAAAAAAGAACAGGACAUGCAUCCCCCUCUUUCUUACUCCUCUGAUGCGCUCGGCUGUGAGUUUGGGGCCCUUUGACAAGAUGAGCGAGCACACAGAGAUAGACUCAAUGCACUUUGUAAAUAGAGAGCCUGAUGUGUAUACAUAUAAGAGUAAUUAUAUAGACAUAAACUACUCAGACCUGUACAAAUACUACAGCAAUCUCUAUAUAUUGAACAAUACGAAAAAGAAAAAAAAAGUUGACUGCUACAUCAUGGGCUGCGUGCCGAUUAAGAGAGUGAAAAAUGCAGUGGAGGCUGUGUGGUACGUGAGAGUGCCAAGCAGUGUGGAUGCGUACACACACUGUGUGCUAAAUAAGAGCUUUAUGGAAGAGGAAAACGCAAAAAAGUUCGAUGAUUUUAUGGCAGCAGUGGAGUCAAGAACGUACUGCCAGGACAGCGAACUGCAGGGCUUCUGGCUGCGCAAUAAUUGUACCUCAGAGAGCGCAUCAGGAUGGAAGGGGCACACAAUAUUUAAUCUACUAGCAAACAGCGACUGCUACAGAAUCCAUGCGACUAAAAAGAGCCAAGAGCAAAACAGGGUAAAGAUUAACCAAACAGAAUGUAAACUAAAAGUGAUAGAAAAAGUGCAAAAAGAGGAUCUAGAUAAAAUCAAUAAAGAUGCGAAUGUAAAGCACAAAAAACAGCUGAAGAGGCCAAAGUACAUCAAAAAACAAAUCACCAAGAAACAUCUGAAGAAUAUAUGCAGAAAGCUGUAUUUAAAGCAGACGAAAAGGCCGGACCCGCAGGCAGAGCUUAUAGUUUUCAGGAAUGUAAAUGAAAAUAGGUCCAAUCUGUGCGCACACAACGAGAUUCUUGACGUGUUUAUUUCAAUAUAUAAAUUAAAGGUGAAUAGAUGA